AUGGAAUGGUUCGGAGAGAGGGAGCGAACCCCGUAUCAAGCGACGGUUCACGAGAGGACGGCGGCAUAUCGCGAUGAACAUCCGACAUCUGACAGCGCCGGAGAGCAUACGUCUGCUCAAGCUCAACCGUCGCCAGACGCCAGGCGUUCGCACAGGCGAUACAAUCCACGAACAUGUCGGAUCUGCCUGGAUACCGUGGAGCCAAGAUUUCCUCGCAACUCGUCCCAGUCGACCAGGCCAACUUACGUGUCCGACGACCCUGAGCUAGGAAAACUUCUGUCCCCCUGCAAGUGCAAGGGAUCGCAAAAGUACGUUCACGAGGGGUGUCUCAAUGCUUGGCGCCUAUCGAAUCCAACUGUCAAGAGAAACUAUUGGCAAUGCCCGACGUGCAAGUUUUCCUACCGGCUGGUUCGCCUCCACUGGGCCUCGAUGCUAAGCAGCAAAUGGGCCCAAGCUGGCCUGACAGUAUUGAUCCUUUUGACGAGCAUCUUCUUCCUUGGUUUCCUGGCAGAUCCGCUCUACAACCUUUGGUUCGACCCUGUCGGUACCGUUGCCGAUGCCGUUACAAGCGUCGUAACGGAUAUUGAAGCGUUGAGGGAGCCAGACUGGGAACCCCCGACGACGUGGGCCGAACACUUUGUCAAGGGUUUCUUUUCUCUCGGUCUCGUUGGCAUCUUCAAGUCCAUGUUUGCGCUCUCGCCCUGGCACUGGUGGAACCUGCGCAGCAUGACGGGAACUGGCAGACGCCAGGGCACUGGGAGGGCCAGAGUGGAGAACAUCAGUCUCUUUUUUGUACUCAUGGGAGCCUUUACCACCCUCGUGGGGAUCUGGAAAGGAGUCAGGAAGUUGAGUGAGCGCCUGCUGAAGAACGUGAGUGAGAGAGUCCUGGACGUGGAUGGUGACGACGGCGAUGCCGAUGAACACGGCGACGACGGAAUACCCGAAGCGAAGAAGGAUAUAUGA